AUUCCUUUAUUUUUUUUGUAUUGUCGAGCAUGAUUUUGAGUGGACGUGGACAAGGCACUUGGAUUGAUUAAAAUAUCUUUAGUUAAUUUCUUCAUCACUCAAACAAUUUUUUUAUUAAAAAAAUAAUAAUUUUACCAUUACAAUAUUUAAAGUUAAGUACCGAAAACUGCUCAAAUAGCACUAUUUUACAACCUAAAAUCAAAAUUUUUCCGGGGGAGGACACCCAGACCCCCCACUUUAUUACGGGGGGGUGGGGACCAUGCUUCUUAAACAACCCCCCCCCCCCCCCCGGCCAUAUACACAAAUCCUAGCUACGCUACUGGCUUCAGUAAAUUAAACACCUCAUCUGAACUCUUGUUUUGUGGGUGUCAAGACAUGUAUUAAUGCUGUGAUUCUGCACCAUUAGAUUCGCCAGCUUAUCCAUCCUAGGGUGCUGCAGGAAACAUGAAAGUCGUCUGACUGCUUAAGUGUAUAAGAUGGCUUAUCCUGGUGGGUUGCUAAUGAAAUCGGCGACGAACGCGCAGUGACUGCACUAUGGAUUGUUGUGAUGUUUGGUUUAGUGACUGGAGACACGAUUAUAUUCGCUUAAGGCAGCUUCAUCUUUUCGAUGAUUUAUCGUGGCACUUGAUUGUCUUCGUUGACAGAUUACAAGGUCAGAUAACAUCCUUGUUCAUUCCUGUCUUUGAUUCAGCCAGUCAGCUAAGUAUAGAUGAUAAGUGUUCCAAGUCCACUUAGGUUGCAAAUAAUUCUACGGUGUGUUACUGCCCCUGUGAUUAUCCCACAAUAUCAACACAUCUUCAGCUCUAUAUAGAAGUGAAUAUCGCACAAUCACCAAGUACCUUAGUACCUUCAAUGGCCACUAAGGCCUUAUCCCGGCUCACCCUGCGACGCACGCUGCCUGCUGACCGCCGCUCCUAAAGGACAUAGCCUGCUGGAAACAAGUGACACACUCGACUGUGUUCCAAAUGCAAAUUUCAAAGAAUCACUAAAUUAUGUAUUUGAGUGUUGGCUUUAAACUUUGCAAUAAAAAUAAGUUAUUUAUUAUCUAGUUACGUCGACUAUUGCAAUAUUAUAUUUGUAGAACAAAAUGAUAAAAAAAACCAAACAGAAUUGAAAAAUAAUAAACCUCGGCUUUGUACUUUUUUUUUCUAAAAGGAUGUUCAUUUAAAUUUACCCAUCUGGUUAAAAUUCUUUAAACAGUUAUAAAGAUAAUAUACUUUUUACUGUUAUUUUAUUGUACAUUUUUAUUUAUUGUUUUGAAUUUUUUCAUUGUUCAGUUAGUUCCUUUCUUAUUUGAAUUUGAUGUAUUUUAUUUGUUUUCAACUCUUUUAAUAUUUUUAUACGUAAAACUAAUACUGUUAAGAUAUCUUAUCGGAAAUUACCCUUUUGAACUGGCUAUGUGUUUGAACGUUGUCAGUCUCUUGAUUGACGAGACAAGCCAAGGCAGAGGCCAUCAUGGCGAAGUCUGAAAGUGUAUGUUUUGUUGUUUUCAAGUAUUUAUGAAAAUUUUUGAUUUUGUGUACAGCAAGUGACUAUGCCCACUAAAGUGUCAAAAAAAGUUGUUGGAAUGAUUAUUCGCACCAGAAAGACAAUAAUGAAGGAUGGUGUGAUGACGACUUCAGGAAUUGGAGAGCCAAGUGUGUACCAUGCGCUGGUGGUUAUUUUCCUGGAGUUCUUCGCGUGGGGUCUUCUCACGAUGCCAGUCAUUUCGGUGCUGAACGACACCUUUCCUGACCACACAUUCCUCAUGAAUGGCCUCAUAAUGGGCAUAAAGGGGCUGUUGUCAUUUCUCAGCGCGCCCCUUAUCGGCGCACUUUCCGACCUGUGGGGCCGCAAGUUUUUCCUGCUCAUCACGGUGUUCUUCACGUGUGCGCCGAUCCCCCUCAUGACCAUCAACACGUGGUGGUUCUUUGCCAUGAUCAGCAUCUCCGGCGUGUUUGCCGUCACGUUUUCCGUGGUCUUCGCGUACGUCGCGGAUGUGACGGAAGAGCACGAGCGCAGUCUUGCGUACGGCUUGGUCUCCGCCACGUUCGCGGCCAGCAUGGUGAUCAGCCCGGCGCUGGGGGCCUACAUGAUGGACGUGUACAGCGAGAACCUGGUGGUGGCCCUGGCGACCGCCAUCGCCAUCCUGGACGUGUUCUUCAUCCUGGUGGCGGUCCCCGAGUCCCUGCCGGAGAAAGUCCGUCCGUCCUCGUGGGGAGCCCCCAUAUCGUGGGAGCAGGCCGACCCCUUCGCCGCUCUGCGGAAAGUCGGCAAAGACCACACCAUCCUCAUGCUGUGUGUGACCGUGUUUCUGUCCUACUUGCCUGAAGCCGGCCAGUAUUCCUGCAUUUUUGUGUAUCUCAAGUUGGUGAUGGGUUUCAGUGUGGUGAUGGUGGCAGUGUUCAUCGCCACAGUUGGGAUCCUGUCUGUGGGCGCGCAGAUCGUUCUAGGGUUCCUGAUGCGCUCUCUCGGCAGCAAGCACACCAUCAUGGUGGGGCUGGUGUUCGAGUUGCUGCAGUUGAUGUGGUACGGCUUCGGUUCACAGACGUGGAUGAUGUGGGCUGCUGGCGUGUUGGCGUCUGUCUCGAGCAUCACGUAUCCGGCAAUCAGUGCUUUUGUCUCCAUGCACUCUGACGCUGACAAGCAAGGCCUGGUGCAGGGGAUGGUGACGGGAAUGAGGGGCCUCUGCAACGGCCUGGGGCCGGCCAUGUUCGGGGUCAUCUUCUACCUGUUCCACGUGGACCUCAACGAGGACCACUCGAAGCUGCCGGAGGCCAGGCCGCACAUCGUCGACAACGGCACCGCCAGCCACAUCUUCGAGUCCAUGCAGCCCUUGGUGCCGGGUCCACCGUUCGUGUUCGGCGCGUUCCUCGUGAUCUGUGCUCUGCUGGUGGCCGUGUUCAUUCCUGAAGGCACGCCCAUCGGGUCCAGUCUGCGCACCAGCUCGCGCAGGCAGUCAGGCAAGUGUAGGUUGUCGAUGGAGUUGCACUACGAGGUGGAGCUGAGCAAGAAGCACGACGGGGUCAGUCCCCUCUCCCCGCUGGUCGACAACUCUGCCGUGCUGUGAGCGGGUCGCCGCGCUGGGCCUCGCCGCCGGCAAUGCUGGGGACCUCUUGCCGAUGCGCACUGAACGUCGUUCAUCCUUGCGCCGGACGUUGCGUGAUCAUCACCGGGCACAGCUGCUAUCGUACGUGCUUAUGAUUCAUAUUUUUACCAAAGAUUGCUUUCACGGUCAAAGACGUAUCCUCCCCGUGUUCGGUAAGUCACCGUGUUUCACGCGUUUUUGUUUUUUGCAAUGGUUUGUUUUUUUUGGUUAAUGUUUGCAUCUCCGUAAGCUGAACCGUUGAGAAUUGUAAUGUGUUCUGCUGUACUUAUCAUGGGCGAGGACGCUUCGGAGGAGUGUGGUUGGUUGUCUACAGUAUUAAGGCACGGUUGUGUUUCUUUCGGCCAACGCCGGGGGCUGCCGCAGCUUAGGGCUGGUUUGGUCUGACAAAUCUUAUUCAGUAUUGUAAUUGCGAAGUAUUGUGAUGUCUGAAGGAUCCAAAAACACGAGGUUCAGCGAGAGAGAGAGCGGGAAGUGUCUGUGGCAUUACUGGCAUCUCGGUGUAGCAGCACGCAAGUGCCGGGCACAGCUUUAUAAGACUUCAAGGUUGAUUCCGUUGCGCUGGUGUGGAAGUGGUGCGUGGCAGAUUGCCGUUAGUGUCCUGAUCACAGUUCAUGUGGAAACUCAACUCAUUGAGUAUCUUAAAAGGGUGAGAGUAGACUGGUUUCGUAGCUACUGUAUUUACCUGCGGAUGGGUCACACAUUUUAUGCUGAUUUUUAGUUUAAAAAAAAAAAAAUUAGUGCAAUCCUUUAGCGAGGUUUUUCACUUUGGGUUUAAAAAAAAGAAAUAUGUGUGUUUGAAUAUGUGCAAAGAUAAGUAACCUAUGUUAGUUUUUAAUCAAUAUAACUCCACGAGUAAGUAUAAUUUUUUAAUCAAAAUAUCUCGGCAGUAGAGUGAAGCUACGUUAGCAGCACAGAUAUUGUCGGUCGGUGCCGGCAAAUAAUGUAUCUGCUGCGCUGUGAAGGUGUGGCAAGGAGGGGAAAAUGUAAAAAUAAACCUGCCAGAGAGAGAGAGAGAGCAAGAGUGUGUGUGCUUGUGUGUGUGUUAUGCCAUGUGGCAGUGUCGAAGGUUCUCCCUCCCUCUCAUCGUUGUAAAUGUACCGUGAACUGGCAUCUUGCACUCCUUGAACUGGCAUCCUACCCAAUUAACGUGUCUGUUCUGACAGGUGUUUUUAAUGCAACAUUGUUUUUUUUUCUUGGGAUUUCCCAUGCUUUCAACUGAACAUUCCAUGACAUAGCUAUAGCCAUCGAUGUUUAUAAGUGUGGCUUUUUAUAUUCCUCCAGCCCUGUACAAGUUUGCUGGUAACAUUCUGCUGUGCCAGUUUUCAUAGAAGGAACUUCCAUAGAGUAGCUUGCUGCCUCUUCUCUCUCUAUCUCUCCCUCUCUCUAUCUCAGUGGCAAAGGGAUGGGUAAAAAAAUAAGAUACAAUAGGUAAAAAGGAAACAAGUAUAAAAAGAUAGCAGUCUUCUCCUUCAUGUUUUUGUUGGGUAGUGCAGGAAUUGGAGAGGUUGUAAGUAUGAAAGGGAGGGGGGGGGGGGGUAAAAAACAAGGGCUGCCUCACACUCUCCAGUUGUUAACAAAGGGUCAACACAAAUGCUGUAUUUCUUACACUCCAACAAAGACUUCACUUGUAUCUAUUCUCGUGAAGACAGAUAUAUGGUGCAACCCUUAUUUGAGAGCAACCCUUACGGUGAAAAUUUUAGAUUUGUUUGUCCAAAAUUAAAGGUGGGACGACCCAUAGACCCAUGCAGAGGCGACCCUUCUGUGAUAAAUACGGUAGUCAAUAAAUACAGAAGUUGUGAUGUAUUGGUUUCUAUUUUUUUUCCCAAUUCCAGUUAGGUUCCAGUUCUUAGAAAUCAGUUCUCGGUUCUAGGUUAACCUUCACACAAUUUCCAGUCGCACCCAAGAAACGGUUUGCAAGAGAUUAAGUAAAUUAUGAAAAAAAUUAAUAAAAAUGUAUAUCGCAGUAGCAACACCACUAAGCAGUUGCAAGUUAUGUAUGUAUUAUAAUGUAUUAACAAAGGUCUGUUAAAAUAGAAUAUUCACACAACCUUUGUUGUUCAGUUAAAAGUUAUGUAGGGCUGCAAAAGUGGUAGUAAAAACAUAAUAAAUAAGCCAACUAUAAAUCAUAGUAGUUUAUUUUUAAUAUAAGGUUUUUAAAAGUGUAUUGAGCCUGUAUUUUUCCACAGGUCUGUGAUUAGUUAAAAUGAUCAUCCCUCCCUCCAAGUGAAAAGAUGAACAAAAAAAAAGUUGUGAUCUUUUUAUUUGACAUUCGAAUACAUCCACUCACAUCCUGGUGGUAUCUUUACAUGGCGGGGGUGGGGUGGGGUGGGGCACCUGUCCAAAUGUGUGAAAGAUGGAAAAGGGAGGGAGACUGCUCGCAACCGGCAAUUUUCAAAGAAAUACAUACCUUUACAUUCACUUGUCUAAUAAGGCGUAAAUGGAAGUUAAAAGGCGAAAAAGUGUGCAUGGGUCUUCGGCAAUAUAUGUCACUUUACAAGGGGGUUUUUAAUGGGUUUUACCAGAGGUAUACCGGGGUAAGAGUUGUAAAGCUUUCCAUGGUACCAGUAUUAUAUUAACUGUUCUCAGAGUCUGUUAAUUUUCUGAGAACCGGUGGAACUGAAAACCGAGACAGACACAUCACGUAGAUAGUCGUGAGAAAGAUACAGUGUGAUGUGAAGUGUGAAGUAAUCAAAAGCCAAAUUGGAUGUGCAAAAUUUUAGUGUCUUAACUUUCUUCAUUAAUUAAUUCAACUCCCGCAAGGCAUAGCACGUAGCAAGUUGCACAAUAUUAUGUGUGACUGGAGGUUUGAAUUACGGUAUUUUUCGGUGCGGAAAAAUAUGUUAUUAACUGGUCUGUUUUCAGGAAUGACUACAACAGUAAUGCGAUAACAUUAAUAGCAGGCGCACACUCAAAAUAUCUUUUAGAAUGUAACUUUGAAUUUUCAUAUUUCCAGGGGGGGAAAAAAUUCUUGUAUAAACAAGUUAACAUUACUGUGAGAAGCAUUGUUCAAUUUGACAAUUAAUUCUCCUCCUUUUUCCAAAUUUUAUAAUUUUCAACUAAGCUCAUGCCAAAUAAAGAUAAAACUUCUGGUAAUCAUCCAAAAACUACCAUGGCUAUCAUAGAGGGGAGGAAUAGUGGCAUGUGCCCCCCCCCCCCCCCUCCCCCGUCUUCUUUUCCUUUUUCCUCUUUUUCCCAUAAAUCAAACCUGGAUCCGCCCCUGAUGGCUAUCCUUCAGUUUUUCUAUUGCAACAUAUCAGCAUAUGGCAUGGGAUUGUUAGGGUCAUUGUAUAUUUGGGGAGCAAAAGUUCAAAAAAUUAGAGGCUGACAGAUAGCUUUCGAUUGUUCUUUUACAGUAAAAUGUUAAAAAGAUCUUAAGUGACUGUAAUGUGGGGGAGAAGAUAUCAUAUGUUUGAAGGUUACGUUCUAGGUACAUAACAAUAUGGUAGUGUUUGGUAUCAACUGCGUGAAAAAUUAGGGGGAAAAUGGCUAGAUAAAUUUUGUGAUUUUUACACGUUUUCUAUGUUGAGUAUUUUUUUUAAAAAAAGCUGCUUUAACAAGAGUUUUCUUUGGUGGAAUGUUAGGUGAAUCUUUUCCACCAAAGAAGCUCAAUAUGAUGGGUGCGGGAAAUUUACUUGCUUUCUUCUCUAAAUAAAAUUGGCUGCUUCAGCAAGAUUUAUAGCCAAGACAAGUUAGCAUAUGGCAUGAUUAGUCAUGCAUUUUUAAGUAUUUGAUCAUAUAAUUUUUUUUUUUUUUUUAGAAUGUGGUGCACGCAAGUUUUGUUUAAUGAGAGGAUAAAGAGGAUGUUAAAAAUGUUACGAGGAUGAUAAGUGUGAGAGUUGGACGUUUUCGAAUGGGAUUGCAUACUGAGUCUCCACCUUGCAGUCUUAUUAAGUAAGUGCUCUUUAUUUUAUUUGUGACUUAUUGUCAACAUAAGAUCAUGGUACUUUUUAGUUGAUGGUGCCAUUACACCAAUGCUGUGUGUGUGUUGGGUUGGAGCACUAUCUUACGAUUUUUUUUGUCGUCAAAAAUUUUGAGGAUUUUUCCUCUAAAUUUAGAAGAACAUUUUUCCUAAAGAUUAUGUAGGUACAGCACUGUAAUGUGUAUUUUUUUUGCAAUGUCUCUUUUUAAGUGUUUUGUGAUAUUGUAAAUGCUACUGUGUAUUUUUUUGUAAUACUUAAGAAAUAAUGGUAUUUUUUAUUUUUGUUAUUGAAUUUAUUUUUUUAGUGGUACCUACUGUGUAAGUGCUUGAAAACAGAGUUUGCCUCUUAAAAUAUUGUUGUGUUUUAAUAUAUUUUCAUCCCAGCAUUACCAACAUGAAUGGUUAUUGUAAAUUUUUUGUAAAUGUGAAGUGUAAAAUAUGAUUGUGGAGUUGUACAGCAGUAAAAUGUAUUUAAAGGUAGGGUGUAUUCAUAAGUUGAGUGUUUAUACAGAACUUACGUUUGCAAGCAUCAUUGGUCUUUGCACCAAAGUGUAAGACGUUAGCAUGACAUUGUUCAUUCAUCCUGAAAGUUCAAUUUGUUUUGUGAGUAAUCAGUUAUGUUUGUAGGAGGUAGGAACGUAUUUGGUACAAUUUAGGUUUACGAACAGAACUUGUUUGAGGUAUGUGUAGAGAAUGCUGUAUGUGCGGUUAAUCUUGUUAUUUUUCCUUUUAGACAACUUGCUACCAAUUUUAGUUUGCAAUUUUAUUUAUUAAUUCUUAAAGUUUUUUUUUCUUUUUUUUUUUUCAAAGAGAUUUUUUUUAGCUUAUUUUCUGGUUAUCAUUGUUUUCAGAUAUGUGGAUGUCUUUAACCACUCAAGAACCUUGAAAAAAUUUUAACAUCAUAAAGAAUUUGGUCAUUUUAUUUAAUAUUUUAAUUCUCUCAGAGUUUAAUAUGCACAUUUUGUGUAUUUAUUGCCAAAGGAGAAUAAAAUAUUUUUUUUUUGUUUAGCAAUUAUUUUUGCAUCACACUUUAAUAUAUUGACAUGCAGUAUGUUGAUCUUGAAAGUAAGUGGGUGACAUGACAAAAUGAGACUGACUGACAUGAUGGAAUUAAUUUUUGCAUUUAAACUAAAUGAUGAAAUAAAUUUUUGUGUUUAACCCAUAACUGUUAAAGUGUGCUUCAGCUUUGUAUUUGGCAGAACCAAUGUAUUUCUCAUGUGUUUUAUGAACCAUCCCAAUCCCUUCACUAAUUUCAACAAUAAAUACAUUGGCAGUACCAAAGAGUUAAAGACUUCAGAACGCUUGUAAUGAAGGAUUUUCAGGUUAUUAAAAUGUGGUGCAGGUUUUGCAGUCCAUCCUUAAGUAUAAACUAUGAGGUGAUGCAACUGACAGGAUGUAAGGGGUGUAAGAAUACAGACAAAUUUUGCCGCAAACUGCUUGAUAGUUAAAAGGUUUGUCUUGCAUUAUUUAGAUGCUUCAUGUGUUAUGCUUGUAUUGAUUUUUUUAGUAAUGAUAAAUAUAUAUGCUGUGAAAUGAUGGAAGAAAAUUUACACUAUUUCUUUUAAUAGCUUUAAGUUCACACAAGUCUAAUUUGUAGAAGCUAAAUUUUUUUAACAUAAUGUUAUAUAUUAUUUGAUAUUUUUUAAUGAUUUCCUAAUGUACUGAACUAAGUUUUCAAUAAAAUAAUAGUAUACAUUUUAGGACACCAUUUACACAGUUAAUCAUGUUGAAGAAAUUUUAAUGAUAAGUAAAUCAGACUCACAAGAAUUUUUUCAUUAGUGAUUUAUGCUUUGAAUAAACAUUUGAUCAACGGGGUGAAUUUUUUUAUGUACCGUAUUUACCCGCGUAUGGGCAGCACAUUUUAUGCCGAUUUUUAGUUUUAAAAAAUGUAGUGCGAUUUCUUAUUUGAAUUUAUGUUUUUGAGUAAAAAAAAAAUAUUAAUUGCAGUGUGUCUUUGAGUACGUGUGUAAAUAAUUAUCUUGUGUUGGUUUUAAAUAAAUAUGUUACGAGUAAGUAUAAAUUCUCUAGUUGAAAUACAGAGCAGUCUGUGAAAGGCGCCAUUGAGUUAGUCUGCCGGGCUGCCCCGCCAGUUGCCCAGUCCGUGUCUCAUGGCCUCAUGGGCAAGCGAUGUGACUUGCUGGGCUGGCAUUCAGCUGGAAGAGGGGCAAUCUAAAAAUAAACUAGCCUGUUUGUGUGUAUGUUCUGUGAGUGCAUGUGGCCAUGUAGCAUUGGCGAUGGUUCUUCCUCCCUCCCUCCCUUUUUCCUCGUAUGUACUUGUAAAUGUCCGUGGACUGGCACAAUCUUCACAUGUAUAUUUCUACAGGUUUUAAAACGCAACUGUGUCCCAACAUUUUUUUUUUGCAUACUAUUUCUCGGUUUUAAAAUGCAACAUUCCACGACUAAACUGCAGAUUUGAAAGCCGCACUUCAAAGCCGGGCAGCUUUUUUUACGUUCUUUUAAGCUGCAUGAAUUUCUCCCUGUUACCUACAUGCUAGUUUUUAUAAAAGAAACUGAUGAUGGGUAGCUUGCUGCCUUUUUUUUUUCUCUCUCUCUAUUCUGAAAGAGGACUUGUUUAAAAAAAAUACAAUAGCCAGAAGGGAUAAAGGGGUAUCUUUUUGUUAUUAGGAGGGGUUGUAAAGCAAUAGGGGAGAGGCUCUAACUCCCUUCUACAGUAACAAAGUAGCACAGAAAGCAGACAAAAAGAGGUGCAGGGUUAAAACCAGUGCCAUACAAUGCACCAAUAAGCUGAGACACUGAACAAAGAUUUCACUUGUAUUCUUCUGUAGACAGAGAUAUAUGGUGGAAUCAUGUUCGAAGGUGACACUUACAGCUAGAAAGUUGGAUUUUUAUGACCUAAAUUAUAGCUGCUACCCAUACACAGGGGCGACUCUUCUGCAGGUAAAUACGGUACUGUAUAUGAAAAAUUAACACAUUUUUUACUUAAAUUUUUUUUAAAUUGCAUUUACAACAGAUAAGGAACAACAUUUGUGAUGUAACUUUUACUACACUAAAACUCUGAUUUUACAUAUGCUCAUAGUUCCACGGAUUGUAUUCGUAAAUUCAGGGGUGGCUCAUUUUAACCCCCCCCCCCCCCCCCCCUCCCUUCCUGGAGAAAAUAUGAAUGCAAUGACCGUUUUGCACAACAGCAAUGUGGGAAAUAUUCACUUUCUUGAAAAUUUGGGUUUAGUGUACAAGUAUGGCUGAAAGGUAUUGCUGCACAGACUUGUUGCAAAUUAAUAGGAUUUAAAGAAUGAUAACGUUUUGAUAAAUUCCAUUAAGUUCUCUUAAUUUUAGCUCUAAAGCUGUUGGUUGGUAAAUAUGUGUAUUGUUUGUAACUUUUUUCUUUUGCUUAACUGAUUAAAUGUUAAUAUAGAGAUCAGAUUUGCUGGUUUACUAGAUAAAAGGUUGCUUGUGUGAAAUAUUUUUUCUGGGUAUUUAUUAUUAAAAUAAUAUAUUUUGUUUGUGCUCGAUAUAUUGCAGAAUUUUUUCUCUUCUCUUAAUAGCAUGCUUAAAAUCUGAAGAAUUUGCACCGUAAAAAAGUACCCAGUAGCAGUUUUGGAAACAAACUCUUUUGUUUAGAAGAUGCUUCAUUUGUGCAUGUUAUACCAUAGCAUGGCUAGUAUUAAAAAUCAGUUUUAAUAAUAAUAGUUAUGUAAAUUAAAGUUUGAUUUGAUCAUAAACAAAUGCAUAGUUAAACAAAAUUGAAUUCACUACCAAACAGCUUGCAAAAAAAAUAAUUUACAGUGUUUAAAAUAUGCAACAACUAUUUAUGGAAAGUGAUUAUAUAUUAUUAUAAUUUUUUAUUUGUAUUUCUUAUCAGAAUGAAUUUCUACUGGGCCAUUUAUAAUUUGGGGCACAGUAAGAAAAAAUUUAGUUGUUGCUUUUACCAGUCUGAUGCUGUUUCAGCACAAUCAUUUCAGUUUGGUGGUGUAUCUUUAAGGUAUACAAAGAAAAAUUAAUGUACUAUUGCCAUUUAUUAAGUAGUUGAAUCCCUGUUUUUUCCAAUCAUUUUUACAAUGCAUAUUACGUUUACAUUUGAGUGAAUCGGGCUUGUGUAGAUAGUGUGUGACGAUUGAUAGAGCGCCAUCACAUCAGCCCUAGUAGGACAAACCAUCUUGCUCUGUCAUCGUUGCUUUGUUUUGUUAUGGAGAAUAAAUUUUUUAGAAGAGCCGUUCUGGUCAAGCUUCCUGGCGACUCAGCCACGCGUCGAGAUGAAAGUUUGACGCGCUUAACAGUUUUUACACAUGACUAAGCCAAAGCCAACUUUCACUAUUUCACUUUCGAAUGAAAACUGCAUCCUGAUGAGGACAUUGCUGCUUACGAAGAAUUCUAAUGUUGGUCUUAUUCCUUGAUGGUGGGAGGGGGGUUCAGUUUCCAAAGAUUUAAAACUUGAAAAGAAAAAAAAAACUCUUUAGGUACAGGUUUGUUUGUGUUUGAAAGAGAUAUUGUGUUAGGUGGCUGGAUACCCAGUCAGAAGUAUUUAACGUGUGAAAUCUUAUCUCAGCUCGUGGUUUUACCUGCAGGUGACAUUAGUUGUUUUUUCGUAGCUGACGGAAAUACUGUGAGGCUUGCGUAAGGUGGUGGAGGGUAAGAUACUUAGCGAGCACCCACUGGGUACCUUCUAAUUUAGAAGUGUAGCUGUGAUUUAUUUUUUAGUUGUGCCAUGAAUUCUUAGAUCAUGGUUGUCGAAUAGAUGUUCAUUGUACACACGAAAUGCAUUUUUUUUGUUGUUGUUGUUGAUUGUCAUUAGUAACACUCCAAGCAUACACUUCGUAAGGUCUCUCUCCUCUUCUUCCUGGGCCAAAUGAUUUAAUCAAAUUUAUUGUGGACAUAUUGAUGUAUUUAGUUAUCAGUAUUUAGUGAAUUGUGGAAUUAUACUUUGUAGUGUUUGUCAUUGGACACUUUCCAGUCAUGGUUCGUGUUAACAUUAAUUAAUGAUUUCUAUUAAUAAGAAGCAACAUUGGUUUCAUGCAAAAAAAAUGUUAUAACUUUGUCUUCAUGUAUUGAACCUUUCAAAUUUAAAGUGUUUGUUUUAUCACGUUUAAAAAUUUGUUUGUAUACAUCUUAUGAACAUCACUUAUUGUGCAAGCAGAGAUUCUUGAUAAUUAAAGGAAUAUUUUCUGUUCUUAUAAGCAAAUAUUUGGCAGCCAGUAUCUCAAAAAAAAAUAAUUGUAUGCUUACAAAUAAAUGUUUUAUAAAAUAUCUGUGUUUAAAUUAAACUCAUUAAUUUAAUUGAAAAAAAAAAAUACUGAGAUGGUCUUGUUUGAUUUUCAUGUGAUAAUAAUCAUCUUACUGUUUAAGAUGUUAAUUAUUUUUUAGUUGUUUUAAAGAAUGUAUGUAGGAAACCUGUUGACAAUUAAUUUUCAUUAAUCCAUGUGGAGAUAUGGAGUGAUGAUUGAUGCUUACACAUUUGAACUGUAAGUAGAUGACACUCAAUGAAAAUGCAUUGCAUGAACUGUGCACCUGACAAGUUGUGUAAAUAAGUUAGUAUUAAAUAAAGCUUUUUGCCCAAGAAA